UAACAUUGUAAGCUGUCAUGCGCGAUGACGGAUAUCGUCGCCCUGUGUGUUGUGUGUUGAUAUUUUGAAAAUACGUAUUGUUUUCCCGGUGCAAACAGUUCCCGCGGGUUUAGUUCCUCUACACAAAAUUGGAUGGAAGAAAUCGAAAUUAUUUCUCAUUCGACUGAUACCGUGAUCUCAAACAUCUGCCAUGAGAAAAUCGAACGUGUAGCGCUGAAGAACAUUUCUUAUGAUCUUUUUUUUCGAAACUUUAUGCAACCGAACCGUCCCGUUGUUGUGGAAGGAAUUGCAACCGAUUGGGAAUGUUUCCGGCAUUGGAUUGACCGGACCGUGGUACCACCGAAACUCGACGUAGCGUAUUUGAAAGAGAUUCUGCCGAAUGUUCCUGUACCGGUAGCCGACUGUGCGAAGCAGCAUUAUAAUUCGCACGAGAAAAUUGAACUAUCGCUGUACGAUUUUCUGCGAUCUUGGGAGUGCAAUGAAACGAACAGUGAUGAGCGAUUGAUGGUAGAAAUACAACGCAACCGAUAUUACCUCAAAGAUUGGCACCUUCGUAGUGAACGUCCUGAGUAUAGCUUCUAUCGUACACCGACCCUCUUCGCGUCCGAUUGGCUGAACGAAUAUCUCGUCGAAAACGGUUCCGACGACUAUCGGUUCGUGUACAUUGGACCGAAAGGCACGUGGACUGCGUUUCAUGCGGACGUCUUUGGAUCGUACAGUUGGUCGGUGAACAUUUUUGGACAGAAGCGAUGGUAUCUAUUACCUCCCGGCGAGGAACAAAAGCUGCUCGAUAGUCUCCGAAAUCUACCUUUCAGCGUCACGGAACAAACGCUUCAGGAUGCAGGUGUAUCGUUUUUCUCCAUCCUACAGCAACCGGGAGAAGCAAUAUUCGUACCGUCCGGAUGGUACCAUCAGGUGUUAAACGUCGAGGAUGCCAUAUCCGUUAAUCAUAAUUGGUUUAAUGGGUGCAACGUUGCGUCGAUUUGGAACAAUCUUCGGGGGGCCCUUGCGGAUGUUCGACGUGAGAUUGACGAUUGUCGUGAUAUGGACAACUUUGACGAACACUGUCAGGUGAUGCUGAAGGCUAGCUUCGGUAUGGAUUAUGCCGAUUUCUUGGCCAUCAUACAAUAUGUCUGUGAUAAACGCUUGACGAGCCUUAAGGACGGUAAAUUGGCAAGGCAGAAUGAUAAUUAUGUGCUAGGAAGAAAGCACUCUAUUUAUGAUAUAAUUAUCAUCCGAGAACUGCUUGCGGGGAUGUUGGAAAACAAUUUUUUGAUUAGUUAUCCUGCCCUUAACGAUUUAGCCCUGAAUUGUUUGGAACGAAUCACAUCCGCGCCUAUUGAUGGUUAAAGAUGAACGCAUGGUACGAUAGUUGUAGUGAUAAAUUACUCAUGAUUGUUAAA